CAAUUUUACCGCCAUGAAAGUGGAAACUACGUUACCUACAACAAAAGUGCGCUCACUUUCACAAGAAUUGCAACAGAUUGCCGAGAAAGAAUUGAACGAAGUGAAUUCUCGUCUUACUAGCGACAUUCAGCAAAUAAGAGAUUGGAUUAAUAAGCAACCGCAUUUCAACUUUGAUAUCGGUGACCAGUUGCUGGUUUCGUUCCUUCGAUGCAGCAAAUUUAGUUUAGAACGCACAAAAGAAAGAUUGGAUAGAUACUUUACAAUACGAACGAUGGCACCAGAAGUGUUCACAAACAGAGACCCCUUACUACCCGAACUGCAAGCUAUCUUAGAAGCAGGUUUCAUUCUUCCACUACCCAAUGUGGCAAAAGAAAAUAACCACAGAAUAAUCGUCCUUCGGUACAGCAACAAUCUGGAUCCCAAUCUAAUGACGAUGGUCAACAUUGCUAAGCUAAGUUAUAUGAUCUUGGAUAUACUGCUACGGGAGGACGACAAUGCUGUCGUUAGUGGUGUUGUGUUCUGGAGUUAUUGUAAGGAUUGUCCGUCCAAAUACGCCAUUCAGUUGACUCCAGCCAGUUUACAACGAUACUCAGUGAUUGAAGAAAAGGGAUUUCCUUUUAGAAUGAAGGGAGCGUACUACUCACACGUUCCGCAAAUUUUCGAAGCUUGUUACAAUAUUUUUAAAGUUUUCUGCUCAGACAAGUUAAAACAAAGGAUGGGAUUAUACAGUGAGAGCAACAUUGAGGAGUUAUUUAAGAAAAUUCCAAAGGACUUAUUACCGCAGGAGUUUGGAGGUUGUAAUGGCUCUGUAAAGGAUCUGACGGUAUUUUGGAAGGAUAAGGUGGAAAGUUGCCGAGAUUGGUUCCUUAAGGACGAACAUUGUAAGAUUGACGAACGAUUACGACCAGGUACUCCAAAAACCUGUUCUGAAGUUUUCGGCUUGGAGGGGUCUUUUAGAAAGCUAGAUCUAGAUUAAUGUUAUAAUUUUAACUUUGUACAAAGAAUAUUUCAAAGGUGCUCAAGCGUUCAUUUCCGCAUAAUAUCGUUACACUUUGGAAUGAAAUGUUUUCUUGAAUAACAGGUGUCUUGGUGAUCAACACAUCAAGAAACAACUAUGGAAGGUUCUGUUCGAAUUUCAAAAUAAUGCAGCUUAAAAUGAGCCUUAGGCAAUUUGUUUUAACCAAUAGAUUCACUUGUUUUCUUA